AUGGAGAAGCCAGAAACUUGCGCUCAAGAAACCAACCAGUCACGUGACCAGUAUCAACCGGGCCGCUCGGCUUUGUGCCCCACGCGCUCCACAGCACCGAACACUGUGCUCAACAAUGCUGCCACCGCGCUCAACACACUGAACACAAACAGCACCACCAACGCCACGCUCGACAGCACCGGGCUCGACAUCGCAGGCAGCACCGGGCUCCACAGCGCCGCCAAUACCCUGCUCCACAGCGCCACCGCGGCACCAGGCUCCACAGUGCCGAACACAAACAGCGCUGCCAACGCAGCGCUCGACAGCACUGGGCUCGACAUUGCAGCAGCAUCGCGCUCCAUAGCGCAGGUGGCACUGUGCUCAACAUUGCAGGCAGCACCAGGCUCUACAGCGUGGGCAGCACCGGGCUCCACAGUGCUGCCGACACCGGGCUCCACAGCACUGCCACCACCAAUCUCCACAGUGCUGCCGCCGGGCAUGGACGUCGUCGCCCUUGACGCUGUCCAACUCACCGGCAGCAAUCACGGCCAGUUCAGCAAAGUGGACGUCCUCCAGCGCUCCUCCAACCCGCUCCACUUCACCUCGCCUGUGCCCACGCUGCCCACAACCACACCCCCUUGGUCCAACCGGUCCGCCGCGCUUGGGGACAGCGACAAAGUCGACCUGGAGCGCCUCGCCUUCCCCUCAUGCAUGACAAUCCAGAUCUCGGAACAACUUCCUCCCGGCUCAAAGCCUUCUUCAACAAGCUCGUCAACUUUGUGCGUCCUCCAACACUUCCAUCUCCCUCCUCCAACUCGUCCGACACCACCACCACCCCCACACCACCCCCCUCCCUGCCGCCACCGCCUGCGCAUCAUCUACAUCUGCAACUUCCUCACUGUCGCCCCCUCCUCGCCCCCCUGGUACCUCUCCCACCUUGCCGCCGUCUGCACGCAGUGCCAAGGCCCCGUCGCACACUCCACCUUGCCCGUCUCCAACCCGAUUAUCCUUGUCUUCAGCAUGACACCCCCUCCUACCUCUCCUCCUUGUCCCAUGGAGGCGCAGCGGUGGCCGGCCUCGUGA